AGAGAUAUCAAUUCAACAACUCUGCCUUAAUCGGAGACAAAGAGAAAAACGAAUUCAACAACUUUGUUCACUCAUAGUGCAAUAUACAAUCCUGUUGCUUGUCGAAGAAACAUACGAUCCUGUUUACGUGUACUUGUAUCUCUGAUUUUCAACCUCAGCAUUCAGCAAUGGCAAUCAUCUGUGGAGCAAGUUUAGCAGCGACAUUUUGGAUGCUGUGUGAUUCGGUUAAGCAAGUUAAGAACCAGAUACUGAUGUCCAAACCCCAACUCGGAGAUAUCAAAUCCACUCUGGACUCUCUGCAGCCACUGAUCAAGGAAAUGGAAGAGUGUGAGAAAGAACUGGAUGGUCCAGGGGAGGAGCUAGAAAAUCUCAGAGUCAAAAUGGAGGAAGGGGUGGAGCUAAUCCAAGAGUGCUCAAAAGCUGGUUCAUUUAAAAAGUACAAGUAUGGCAGCAAACUCGUGGAAUUGAGCAAGUCACUUAAGAGGCUGUUGGGGAUAUUGAACGUGCAAGGCAUAAGGGAUGUGAAGAAGGCUUUGGUUUCUGUGAGGAAUAUCGAGAAUCAGGUGGAGCAGAUUGAAGGGAAGUGUUUGAUACAUAACAAUCAGUCUGAAAAAAUUGCAGGGUGGUGUGCUGUGCCUGAACAUCCAACUAUUACGGUUGGAUUGGAUGUGCCUCUGAGGGAAUUGAAGAUGAAGCUCUUUACUGAUGGAGUUUCGAUGGUGAUACUUACUGCCCCUGGAGGAUGUGGGAAAACUACCCUGGCUACAAAGUUGUGCCAAGAUGCAGAGAUCAAAGAUAAAUUCAAGAGCAAUGUCUUCUUUGUUACUGUUUCAAAGAAGCCCAACUUGUUCCUGAUUGUCCAAGAGCUAUAUCAUCGAGCGGGUGCCAAAGUCCCUGAACUCCAAAGUGAAGUAACAGCAGUUAGCUGGCUGCAGCAAUUUCUGAAGCAAACAGGACAAAAUCCUAUGCUGUUGGUCUUGGAUGAUGUCUGGGCUGGAUCAGAGUUCAUUCUCGAGAAGUUUGAUGAAUUUAAAAUGACAAAUUACAAGAUAUUGGUGACAUCAAGGUCUGCUUUUCCAAGAUUUGGUUCUCCAUAUUAUCUAGAAUGUUUGAACAAUGCAGAUGCAAUGGCACUUUUUCACCAUGUAGCAUCCUUAGGAGACAGGAGCUCUUAUAUAUCAGAAGAUCUUUCGAGAAAGAUAGUAGAGCGUUGUAUGGGUUUUCCACUAGCAAUUACUGUUGUCGGAAGAUCACUCUGCGGGCAGCCAACAGAGAUUUGGCAAAAAAGAGUAAUGGAAUGGUCUAAAGGGUCUUCUGUUCUUGAGACGGAGCAUGAUUUGUGUAAUUGCCUCCAAAGUAGCUUAGAUGAUCUGAAUGAAGAAAAACCUCUUUUAGGGGAAUGCUUCAUAGACCUUGGUUUAUUUCCCGAAGAUAAAAGAAUCCCUGCUGCUGUCCUCAUUGAUAUGUGGGCAGAGUUAUAUGGCAUACAUGAAGAUAUUUCGUCUAUUGUAAACCUCUAUGAACUUACCUCCCGGAGUUUGGCUAAUCUGGUAGUCACAAGCAGGAAGGACAACAAAUAUAGCGAUGGCUACUAUAGUGAACACUUCGUUACACAGCAUGACAUGCUGAGAGAGUUGGCUAUCCAACAGAUGAUUCAGAAACCACUACAGUUGAGAAAGAGACUUAUGAUUGACAUAUGUGGAGACAACCUUCCUAUGUGGUGGAAAGACCAGAAGUACCAAUACCUCAUCGCUCGCCUUGUAUCUAUAUCGACAGACAAAGAGUUCUCAUCUAUAUGGAAAAACUUGGAACUCCCAGAAGCAGAGGUCUUGAUUUUGAAUUUUCAGACCAAGUAUUAUGCCUUACCUGAGUUUGUGGAGAAAAUGAAUAAGCUGAAGACUCUUAUACUCACAAGUUACCGUACCAGUCCUACUGAGUUGAAUAAUUUUCAACUAGCUAAUUCGAUACCAAGUCUAAAGAGAAUUAGAUUGGAGCGAAUCUCAAUUCCUUCCAUAAGCAGGUAUCCUAUACAGUUGAAAAGUUUGAAAAAGAUUUCUCUGUUCAUGUGUAGCAUUGGCCAAGGUUUUGGUAAUGGUUCCAUGGAUAUGUCAGAGGCGUUUCCCAAUCUUGUUGAAAUGAAUAUCGAUUACUGCAAUGAUUUGGUAGAGUUGCCUCCUAAACUCUGUGACCUUAUUCAACUCAAGAAACUCAGUGUUACCAAUUCUCAUAAGCUCUCUGCCUUACCUGAAGACAUUGGAAAUCUAGUUAAUUUAGAGCUGCUGAGGCUUAGGUGCUGUACAGACUUAUCAGAGUUACCCGGCUCCAUUAGGAAUCUUAAGAAGUUAAACUUGCUUGACAUAUCUGAUUGCUUUAGUAUUAAGGAAUUGCCUGAAGACAUUGGAGAGCUGUGCAGUUUAGAAAGGCUCAACAUGAGACAGUGCUCCAGAUUGAAUGAGUUGCCUAGAACAGUUGUAGAUCUUGAAAAGUUGAAGGAAGUGACAUGUGAUGAAGAAACUGAAGUUCUAUGGGAACCCUAUUUACCCUUUCUCAAGAGCAUACAGUUGAAGGUUGUGAAAGAAGAUAUCAACCUGAAUUGGCUACAAAAGGCACAUUGUUAAGAGUUAAAACAUAUCUUCUCAAAGUUGUUGAAGGUCAAGAGAAGAAAAAUGGUUUUCUCCUGACUCUAAACUCCUUGCUUUGGAUGGUUUACUCCUGCAAGCAAGGGAUGAAAAGGCUAUGUUGGAUUGUUGGUUAGGGAAAAGAAUUUGGAGUUGGCGGUUUAUUGGAUUGAACCAAGUAUGCUACUUAACUUUAAAGGUAGCCAGGGAUAUAGCUCUUGUACGGCCACCCUUCACAAAUUGGAGGCGCCUUAAAAGGAGCAGAAGAUGAUAUGUUGUGCUCAGCCAGGUCCUAGUCUCCCAGGGUGUAGGAAAACUGUUAAAUUCAAUAAUACACAUUUGUAAAUGUUUCCAGAUCAGUCUAGAAGUUGAAUACUAAUGUGUUCUAUAGUUGUCAGUGUUUGUAAUUAUCCAUAUGUUAUACUGUUGUAAAAUAUGUGCUCUAGAAGUUGUAAGUCGGUGAAACCAAGUCGGUGGCUUGGUAGUAUAAAUAUGUAUGCAGAUGUAAAAUCAUGUUAGUGAAAAAUCCAGCUAUCAAUAAAACGCC